AUGCAAAUAACAAGUGGCCAUAACAAUUCGUUGCUAAAUAACAGUACGCGCGAUGGCGUACAUGUCGAUGAAGUUAUGCAUUUUAUUGUUUUGGCUAUUCUCAUCGCCACUAUCAACUUGUUCGUGAUUAUACUGGUCUGCAUAAACAAACGUCUACAUAAAUGGCCAAAUUAUCUACUUGUUAGUCUUGCUUGUUCCGAUUUCAUCACAGGAGUGAUCUGUAUACCAUUAGCGUUGUUAUGUACGUUUUUGAAUUCAUCGUCAAGCAGAUGUACAUUUUGUUCACUAUCAUUCACAUGUACAAAAUUCACAUCAAUUUCAACAGUACUGCAUUUGCUAUUGGUAACAUACGAGCGUUACCUUUUCAUAAUACAUCCAUACCAUCAUGAAAAAUUAAACGCGAAAAAAUGUCAAAAAAAAUUCGCCUUGGUUUUAACGUGGACAGUUAGCUUAGUUGUGUCGCUGAUAGCUUUGAAAUGGAUGGAUGUUAGAAACUGUUCUGAAGAGGAAGAUAAUCAUGAUUUUAUGGCUUAUAAUGUCGCAACGCUGUUUCUAUUUUAUCUUAUUCCAAUAUGUUUGUUCGUCUAUCCGUUUACCUCACUAUUUUAUGUUGCAAGAAUGCAAAUACGUCGGGGUGAGAAGAUGGUCUUGGCAAACGGAACAGAUGCCGUAAAGUCGGCUCGGAAUAUCAUUCGGACAUCAAGACGCAAAGAAGCAAGAGUUGCCAUUAUACUUUUACUUAUGUGGCUUUCAUUUGUCAUAACUUGGGGAUUGUAUUUUUUCAUCUUGAUUUUUAAAGAAUCAACAAUUCCAGAUAAGCUUGUUCGUGCUGCAAACGUACUGAGGGUAUUAGCAUCACUACUAAAUCCCCUCUUGUACAGUUUCUUGAAAAAGGACUUCAGCGAAGCAAUCAAACGAUCAUGUUAUUGUCAUCGUCAUUCUCGCUACAAUACAGAUUUCCCUGCUUGAUGUUGUUGCGCUUCUUUUUCAAAAUUAAUUUAACGCUGUAAAAGUGCUCAAAAAAACGACACAUCACGAUGUCUGAUGUUCGCCAUUCCACACUAGU